AUGGAUGCCACAGCUGCUGGAACAGGCUUCGUGGUCCUGAUCUGGGUUCUGACAGCUAUCUCGUUGCUGAUUGUCGGUUUGCGCGUCGUCGCAAAAGUCAAGAUUAACCAUUUCGGGCUGGAUGAUGUGCUGAUGAUUAUUGCCUUGAUCCUGGGCAUUGUCGCAGCAGCUCUUAACACCAACGGAGUCCAUUACGGCUAUGGUCGUCCCGAUGAAACUGUCCCCGAACCCUAUGCGGUGUUAGCCCGGAAGAGCUAUAUCAUAGGACAGGCCGUGCUAAUUGCGUGUACAGCCAUGGGACGCGCCGCAUUCGUCGUAUACCUCUUGGCUAUUCUGGGAGGCCAGAAAUGGCAGCGUAUCAUUUUGAUAUCCCUUGCCGUGAUGGAGCUCAUCUUCAACCUUGUCGCUAUUGUGUUGAUCUUUGGUGGCUGCAGCCCUCCAGAGUUUCUUUGGGAUCAUACAAUCGGUGGGCAUUGCUGGCCCGGAGACAUUCAGGUUUAUUAUGGCUAUUUUUCAAGCGUAUUCAAUGUUUUCAUCGAUCUUUACCUGGCCGUGGUCCCCACAUAUAUCUUCUGGCAUCUGAAGCUCAAAGUAGCGAUAAAGCUCAGUUUGAUUGGACUCAUGAGCUGUGGUUUAGUUGCCAUGGCAGCUGCACUGGUCAAAACUAUCCAGUUACACGAGAUCAACAAUGGAACUCUAGGUGGCACAAUGAAUCUCAUCCGUUGGGGUUAUAUCGAAGCACACCUAGUCAUCAUUACCGCCUCUGUCCCUUGUCUCCGCUCUCUAAUUCUCUCUGGUUUCCAUUACAUGAACAGUAGUGGACAGCGAUCGCGCUCAUACGAAUUGGGUGCAGCCUUUACUGGGACCCGGCGGGGAACUACCACAGUCACUGCACAUAACAACAGUCAACAUCGAAGGGCCGACUCGCGUCUCCGAACCAUGCUUUCGAAUCGGAGCAAUGGCGACGAUGGGGCGAGUGCUCAUCAUAUACUCGAAAGUCGUACCAGCAUGGACGCCGUCAAGUUCAGUGAAGGUAACAGCCAGGACUUGCGGACUAGACCAUUUGGUAUUUCAAAGCAGGUUGAUGUGACUAUUACCAUGCAUAAUCAUUCACCGGAUGAUGAUGACGGGUUUAAACAAUAA